AUGAGCGCCACUUCCACGACCGGGAACCAAACCGCAGAGCCCACCGCCGCCGACACCUGCGUGAUCUGCCUAGACGCCAUCAGCGAGCGAGCCGUCGCCUCGCCCUGCCAGCACGACGCAUUCGACUAUCUGUGCCUGCUCAACUGGCUCGAAGUGCGGCAGUCAUGUCCGCUAUGCAACGCGAGUGUGGAGGCGCUCGAUGUGGUCAAUAAGACGCUUGGGAGGGUCGUGAGGCACCCCAUACAUCCCCCCAAACCCCCAUCACCCCGCCGCCGCCGCCGCCGCGCGCGCACACCCCCAACCCCCUCUUCAGAGUUCGCCGACUCCGCCAUCCGCCGCCGCCGGCACGUCUACAAGCACCACCUGCUCAGCCGCCACAUCGGCAACAACGCCUACACGCGCUUCCACUCCCCCACGCCACAGCACUUCCGGCGCUCCCCCGCGCUUGUCUCCCGCGCACGUACGUUCCUACGGCGAGAGCUGCAGGUGUUUCCGUGGCUCGACGACGACCGCGAGUAUGUGCUUGAGUACAUCACAGCGAUCCUCAAGUGCAUCGACCUCAGGGGCGCGGAGGGUGCGGCGGAGGAUAUGAUUGCGGAUUUUGUGGGCAGGGAGAAUGCGCAGGUGCUGGUGCAUGAGUUGUAUGCGUGGGUAAGGAGCCCGUUUGAGAGGUUAGUGCAGUUUGAUUCGUUUGUACAGUAUAACGAGGUAGAAGAGGGAGUUGAUGGGGGGAGGAAAGAGGAGAGGGGGCCUGGGGAUAGUUAUAGACCGAGGUAUUCGGGGCUUGUAGAGUAG